GCUCCCCGGUGGCUAGCUAACAAUAGGCCGGGAGAAGCGGCUCGGCUUGGCUUGGGGGAGCAGCACGAAGCAACCCCAGGGUGGCGUUACUUUAGUGGCCACUUCAGACUGUGUGGCCCCGUCUUGGAUAGAUACCCCGUUCCUAUUCCACUCUCCGGGGAUUUUGACCAACUAGCAGACGAAAGGCGUUCGUGCAACCAAAUAGAAAAUGUGCGACAACGGGGAGGUGGAGGACAAGCCGCCAGCCCCGCCCAUGAGGAACACCAGCACCAUGAUUGGUUCGUGCAGCAAAGACCCCGCCCCCGUCAAUCACGCCUCCAAACCCCUGCCCCCCAACCCUGAGGACAAGAAGAAGAAAGACCGAUCCAUUCGCUUCAUCCUGACGGGCGGCGGUGACAAGACGUACAAAAAGAAAGAGCGGCCUGAGAUUUCUUUGCCGUCUGAUUUCGAGCACACUAUCCAUGUCGGAUUUGACGCAGUCACCGGGGAGUUUACUGGCAUGCCCGAGCAGUGGGCCCGCCUCCUGCAGACGUCCAACAUCACCAAACUGGAGCAAAAGAAGAACCCUCAGGCAGUGCUGGAUGUUCUCAAGUUCUAUGACUCCAAAGAGACCAGCAACAGCCAGAAAUACAUGAGCUUCACAGACAAAAGUGCAGAUGUCUUCGCAUCGUCCACUGCGAUGAUCUCCAAGAGCGUCUCGGAGACACCCGCCAUCGCCACCCUGUCAGAGGAUGAAGAUGAGGACGAAGCCGAGCCGCCGCCCGUCAUUGCCCCUCGGCCAGAACACACCAAAUCGAUUUACACCCGCUCUGUGAUCGAGCCCCUGCCGCCUCCUCCAACCAAAGAUGCGGCUACCUCCCCUAUUGUGGCGCCAACGUCCUCCGCGACAUCUACCACGGCCAUCACCCCACCCGGCGCCACGGAGGGCGCCCCUCCUGGUAGCCCUCCAGGGGCCACCACUGCGCCCGGGCCCUCCCUGCCCCGCCCUCAGGACAAAGGACGCAAGAAGAAGAUGUCAGACGAGGAGAUCCUGGAGAAGCUCAGGACCAUUGUGAGUGUCGGAGACCCCAAGAAAAAAUACACUCGCUUUGAGAAGAUUGGACAGGGCGCGUCCGGGACGGUUUAUACGGCCAUCGACGUCGCCACUGGACAAGAGGUGGCCAUCAAGCAGAUGAACCUGCAACAGCAGCCCAAGAAAGAACUCAUCAUCAACGAGAUCCUGGUCAUGAGGGAAAACAAGAACCCCAAUAUCGUCAACUACUUGGACAGUUACCUGGUGGGUGACGAGCUGUGGGUGGUGAUGGAGUACCUGGCCGGUGGCUCCUUGACGGAUGUCGUCACGGAAACCUGCAUGGACGAAGCGCAGAUAGCGGCCGUGUGUAGAGAGUGUCUGCAAGCGCUGGAGUUCCUCCAUUCCAACCAAGUCAUCCACAGAGACAUCAAGAGUGACAACAUCUUGCUCGGAAUGGACGGAUCCGUCAAGCUCACCGACUUUGGCUUCUGUGCUCAGAUCACUCCGGAGCAGAGCAAACGGAGCACCAUGGUGGGUACGCCCUACUGGAUGGCUCCGGAAGUGGUGACCCGCAAAGCUUACGGCCCCAAAGUGGACAUCUGGUCCCUUGGCAUUAUGGCCAUCGAGAUGGUGGAGGGUGAGCCCCCCUACCUCAAUGAAAACCCACUCAGGGCACUCUAUCUGAUCGCCACCAACGGUACACCGGAGCUACAGAACCCAGAGAAACUCUCAGUUACCUUCAGGGAUUUCCUGAAUCGAUGUUUGGAGAUGGACGUGGAGAAGAGAGGUUCGGCCAAGGAAUUGCUGCAGCACCAAUUCCUGAAGAUGGCGAAACCUCUCUCCAGCCUGACUCCGCUUAUCGUGGCCGCUAAGGAGGCGGCCAAGAACAACCGCUAGCUUGCGCCUGCAAACGCUCCUCUUCCUUUUCCUCUUCUUCCUCUACUCUGGACUCUCAUGGUAGGGGUGAGGCAGUGGGGGUUGAGGAACUAAACCAAUGAUGUCAUUGUUCCGAUCAAUGAUGUCAUCAGCAGAGAGGACUCAAUUCAAUGUUUUCUAUGUGUGCGAGUGUGUGUUGUCUGCUGUCUGCUGUCAGAAUAUACAUAUGUUGUUUUUAUUGUUUUUAAAUGAUUGUGCGAGCGCGUGUGUGUGGGUGUGUGUAUGAGAAAUGAUAAUGCUGGGAUAUCAAGUGAUUGUAGCAUGGACGCAGCUUACCUUAGCUGCAUUGGUCGUCCAGUCUGCACUGUGGGUUCGAGCAGAUAAUUAACAAUAAUUAUUAUUGUGAUAAUAAUAACCAGAACAUGGGUUCUCAAAACUGGGGUCUUCACAAGUCAGAAAUUGGGGGGGUCUAAAAAAAUGUAUUACCUACAUAUGGGGACUGGCGUGCCAGUAAAAGAAACAAACUAAAACAACAACUCUUACCUACAAAUAGCUUUGUGGGAUUGUGUCCAUGCGGGCGUUGUUGGAAACAAUCUUCCCCUGUAAGGUGUCCUUGGAGCCAAAAAGUUCAAGAACCUUUGAGAGUGCAAUGAAGAAAUUGCGUGAGAAUGCUUUUCAGCAUUCACGCAAAGAAAGACAAAUGAAGUUCCUGCUCGGAGAGAAGAAGUCAAAAUGUAAGACAUUAUGGAUUUUUUUUGGGGGGGGGGCAGGUCUUAAAUCCAAACAGCUUUGUGUCUGGAGAGCCUGCUCCUACAUCCACCAUUAUCUUGACUGUAUCUGAAAUUGUGAUAGGGGAGCAGUAGUUCAUUUGCAUGAGACAACUGCCUCCUUGAAACAGGCUAAUUUCAGCAAAGCCAAAACUACAAAAAAAUAAUUAAUUGAUAAAGUAGGGCGGCCCAACAUCAAGACGGUAUAAAGAUUCCCAAGUUGUUUGAAGAACGGGUGAUUAUCCAUCAUCAAAUGGCCUCCAUCAGCACGGUCAGUGAUGUGAAGAAUGUGCAUGAUUUUGUUUAGAUUCUUUUUUUAUUACUCUCGGUACAAUAGAAAAGUGAUGACAAGACCUCCACAAGAAUACUUGUGUACAAAUGAAGAAAUAAACUCAGAUGAUUCAG